UUAAUCUAGUAUUUAUAAAUCAUGUUUACAAAUAUGUGUAUUAUCUUUAGAUACACAGUCAGUGUAGUGCUAUUAUCAAAUAUGUGUACAUUUGAUUGAGAAGUCUUAGUUGUGCUCAGGUAAAUUAUUGUUAGAACCUUUGCAUUUAUGUUUGUAAGUAUCGUUUAGGUUUUUGCAUUUCCCUAUUUGUCAUCAUAGCAGUUGAACUCCAAUCAUUCUGAUCAAUUAGACAUAGUCGAUUUACAUUGCUUUGAGGUGAGAGGUACACUAGCUGUAUUGGUGACAUGCAGCCUUGCGUUUUAUGAGUAAACUCAUGUGACCUGAAGCUAUUUUCACACAUCAGGGAUGUGUUUACAUGUGUGUCCAUAUCAUGUCCAACUGUCGAUUCAGAUACAUAGUGUAUGUGUAAUUAGGAGAAGGUACCAGCUAAAUAAGCCUGUGCACUAGACAGUCAAUGUGGAGAUAGAUUAAUUAGUCUUUUUAAAGACAGGUUGCCAUAGCAGCAUUAUAAUGUAGUAUCUUCCGUCAUGGAUCUUCAAGGCGUUUGCUUGAGUGUUGAUCAGAAGGUAACAGACAAAGCUCUCUUCUGAUGGCUGGGAGGCCCACCCUUCAAGAAUUGGAGAAGCUGACCACCCUCCCCGCCCCGGAGGACGAAGUAGGAACACCGGGAAAUGUCAGUCAGGUCUCUUCAGUGUCUGCCCAUAGCCGCUGUCUCCUCAUCAAAGGAAACCCUCAGCAGGAUAUCUACAUAGAACAAGGCCUGGAGUCUGUUCGCAGUGGAGAGGAUUUCAGAUUCGGCAUAGGAAGAUGGAGACCGGCAUGUUUGCAGAGAUGCUGCAACAUCAAGGCAUUUGUGGUGUGUAUGAGUGUGUUACUGGCCGUCUCUGGAACUCUGUCUACGGGUUAUCUGAACAGUGUGCUUACAACGAUCGAAAAACGAUUUGAAAUCGGGAGUUCCAUAUCUGGACUUAUUGCAGCUUCCUAUGAAUUUGGAUCCCUUGUGGCAGUUGUUUUUAUCAGUUACUUGGGAGGACGACGUCACAUUCCGGUAUGGAUCGCAACGGGGCUUUUCUUCAUGGGUCUUGGAGCGUUCCUUUUUACGCUGCCUCAUUUUAUUGCCGAAAAAUAUACAGUGUACAGGGGUAUUUCCGUCAACGACACAGAAGAAAACAUUUGUAAAAUCAACAGCGACUCUUUGGGGAAUGGGUGCAUUGACAACGACUCAGGGAACUGGAUGUACGUGUUGAUUCUGAUCUCUGCACAGAUAAUGAUUGGAACUGGCAGUACACCUAUCCUCACUCUGGGAACCACCUAUGUCGACAAUCAUGUCCACAAAGACAAGGCUCCAGCAUACUUAGCUUUCAUCUAUGCCUCGGGAGUUCUUGGCCCUGUCCUUGGAUACGGACUGGGGGCCCUGUUGUUACAGUACUACGUGGAUAUGUUUAGCUUUGAGGUCAAGAUCCGACCAGGUGACCCUGAGUGGAUAGGGGCGUGGUGGGGAGGGUUCAUCCUCUGUGGAACAUUCCUGAUAGUCCUGGUCUUUCCAUUCCUCUCCUUUCCCCGGACGCUGGUGGCAGAGAAAGCCAAGCUGUUGGAGUACAAGUAUAACGAGGACGUGACCAAGAUGGAGAAGCGCGAGGAUCAGCAAUCCAGGCACAGUAACGAAUACGGCAAAACUAUCAAAGACAUUCCGCGCUCCAUGCUGUCUUUGCUGAAGAACGACGUGUACCUUGUUACCUGUCUAGGUAUAUGCUGUGAGAUCGCCAUCGUCAGUGGCUUCGUCGUGUUCCUGCCCAAGUAUCUGGAGACCCAGUUUGGCACCACUACCUCAAUGGCCAAUCUCUUCACAGGUGCCAUUGGAAUUCCAGGGGCAGUAAUUGGCAUUUUGACAGGGGGCUUUCUCCUGAAGAGGUUCCAGUUAAAACCAAAAGGCGCCAUCAAGCUGACCUUGUUGUUGGACUCCCUGGCCCUGUUGGGGUUCUUGUCCUUCCUGGUACUGGGAUGUGACAAUCCAAAAAUAGCCGGCGCUACCUUCCCAUAUCAUGCUUCUGUUAACCUGAACAGCUCCGAAUUGGAAGAGUUUGAAAUAGAGGCGAAUCUGACUUCGACCUGUAACAUAGGUUGCUCAUGUUCCAACAACCACCUGGAACCAAUCUGUGGCAUUAACGGCAUUACCUACUUCUCCCCCUGUCAUGCGGGCUGUACCCAGUUCUUCAGCCACAUCACCACAGAGGAGAAAAUGGUGAAUUUUAGUGGUUGUUCCUGCAUCAUGGAAAACUCGAGUAUUUCCCCGGAAGUGAUCAUGUCUCCAGUAGCAACCAGUGGACCGUGUAAAUCCACCUGUCAGAACCUUCUCCCAUUCCUUAUCCUACUCGUGAUCCUAACUUUCACUGUGGCUGGCACACAGAUGCCCCUCCUUAUGAUUACACUCAGGUCUGUCCAUGAAGAGGAGAGAUGUUUUGCACUUGGUCUUCAGUUUGUUAUUUUGAGACUGUUUGCCUACAUCCCCUCUCCCAUCAUGUUUGGUAACACCAUUGACACAGCAUGCCUACUGUGGAGGGACUGGUGUGGAAGCUCAGGCUCCUGUUCUAUCUAUGAUAUUGUACAGUUCCGAUAUCGUUAUGUAGGAAUUUCAGCUGGUCUGAAAUUUAUGGGGACAAUUUUUUUCCUAAUUGUGUGGAUUCUUAUGCGGCGACAAGACCGAAGAGAUUUGCAGUUAAACCUCCCAGUGGGUGACAUGAUGGCCUCAGUGAAUUCCAUAAACAAGUUAGACUUGGAUUACCCCCAGCGUCACUCACUCCCCCGGGGUAGUGGGGGACCCCAGAACCUUGCCCAGGGCAUGGAGGAGGACCAGCAAGCACCAAAGGAGUCCAGCCUGUGAUAUUAACUAAAUCAAAACAUACCCUCACUCCAUAUUGCCAAUGUUUCACCUCUUAUUGUUAAAAUUUAGUUUUACAUGAAAGUUGAUGGAUUUUUCAGUAAUCAAUGUUUGUAUUAUAUAUAUAUCACUCUUGUUUUUCACCUAUAUGUCCAAUGAUGCAUAUAUAUAAGUAUAUAUUUAUAUGUUUCACAUUGUGUGUGGGUUUUUUUUUUUUUGUGUCACGUGUGUGAUGUUUUCCGUGUCAAUUGACGUUAUACAUAUCUAGUGUAAAUAAGAUUUGGCCAUGCAUAAUACAAAGAGCUGGUAUUUGAUUAACAGUUGUGUGCCCUUGGUUAGAAUUAAGAGGAAAGGAUUUGUGAUCAAAAUUGACAAUGUCUUGCAGUGAUGUAUGUACAUAUCUACAAUAUGAUCAUUGUCUUGUUUGUAAAUUCUGUCUGAUAUUUGUGUGAAGUUAACCUAUGUUACCACACCCCUUAUUGUUCAAAGUGUUGUUGACAAAUACUGUGUUAUAUGUAUCGUAUAAUUUUAUAUAUAUAUCACUUUAUGUGUGAGAACUGAAUUGUAGCAAACCUUAAAUCAGGAAACAUAAGAAAAUAUUGAUCUAUAUACAAGUCUUAUUGAAUUAUAUGUAAUUUUAUUAUAUUGUAUAGUAGACUAGAUCAAUAGAACUGUGACCAAUAUUGUUGAUUUUUAUUGGGUAUGGUGAUGGUUUCAUGCAUAGGGAAGUUAUUGAAAUGGUAUAGAGAACAACCAGGAUAGCUGGUUCGGUAUAGAAUUGCCUCUUAGGCUGUCCAAUGUUUAUUCUACGUUAAACAUUUUCUUGAAAAUACAAAAUCUGCAAGGGAGGGUUAUAAAAUUUUCAAAAACAAAAUUUUCAAAAAAGUGACUUUUAUUCAUUUUCUUUAGUACAUGUACUGUGUGUAUCCUAGUUUCAGGUAUACUAGCUGUCCAAUAAUCUGUCUUGCCUGUUAUAAAGACAAUCUGAAUGAUUAUCUUAUAUAUAAUCCAAAAUUUGCCCUACAUGUUGUAAUUGUUCAGAUUGCAGGAUUUAAGUUGCAAAAAGUAAAGCAAUUGGAAAUGAGAGUUUUUUUUUAAACAAUUUCUCCUAAACGUAGACAUUUAGAUAAUGUUAAGCAUUGAAUUAACUUUGGGCAGCCUAAUUGUUCUAAACAAAAUGCAUUCCAGUAAUAGAUACUCUACAUGCAUUACUAGAUACUUUACAUGAAUUACUAGAUGCUCUAAAUAUAUGUAUAAAAUCAAGUGAAUGGAAAUACCAUUAAUUUUACAGUCUGUCCAACGCCCAAGGAGGGUUUUUGGCUUUUAAUUCAAUAUUUAGACCUUGCCCUGGAAUUUAUGUUCAAUUUUAGAUUAACGUAGAUAAAAAUAUCUAAUCAUUAUUUUCCUGUUAAUGGUUUUAUGAAUUGAAAAAGUAAGAUUAAUUCUCCCUUACAGAAAUUCCUUUUAUUAAAAGUCUUCAAGAUAGCCUUGAAGGAAAUUUUGCAUUGUCCUCUUUGUAUUUAAAACAUCAAAUUAAAUAGCCUAAAUAACAGCUGUGAUUUAUAUCCUAGAUUCUAUUUUCACCCAUGUCCUUAAUGAAAAUGAAGCUCUUAAAUAUUUUUUUAAUGUUUUGAAAAUGUUUUCCUCAAAUCAAGUUCAGUAUGUUGAGAUAUCUAAGUAACAUGUUCUUAGAAGAACCUGGGGCAAUGUACUUUAUAGUCAUGUUGGAGACAAUUUCUGCCCAUGCCUCCUAUUUUGACCCAUAGUAAAGCAACUUUGGGCAGCAGCCUGCAAGUAGUAUACUCCCAAAAUUUCAACAAUGCAAUUUAUAUGUGUUCAAGGUGGAAUACCAACCUUUGUAAUUCCCAAAUUUAUCCCAAAAAGUGUUCAUAGAAUAUGCAGUGUAGAAAUAUGUUUAUUGAAUUAUUUAUUAGUUUUGUUUUGUUAAGUUGCAUAAGGUUGAUUUUAAAACUAAGUUCUAUUUCAUGGCACUUAAUAUUUAAGCAUUUAUUCAAUCGUGAGAGAGUUUGAUAACAUUUAUAAAAAAAGUGUAGAAACUGUCAUUUGAAUUACCUAUAAAAAAGGUGAAAGAAAUUACAGUUGCAUCUCUCUCUUUCUUCAACUUGCCUUAUGGUUGAAAUAUCGGUAUAAUUAGAUUGUUGCAGAUGAUAAUUAGUGAAUUGUGUGACCUGUACAGUUUGAAUUAUCUGUUCAAGUAUGGCACUGGCAGGAAAAAUUACGGACAUCUUACUUAGUGAUAUGCCAAGGUUUUUAUAAUAGAUUUCCAAGAACAGUUUUAAUUGAUAUAUCAACAAAAGUUUUGCAUUAAAAUAUAUCAAGAGUUUGUGAUAUAAUAAAUUUUUAAAAUGAAAUAUUGUAGAAGUGAUAAUUCACAAGUAUCAUAAAUUAUUAUAUUGCUGGUUUACAUAUUUUUGUUGAUUGAUAGAUUAUAAUUACAUUUUUAUUUUGCAUUAAUGUUAUUUUCUAGAGGCAUAGACGUUACGCCAACAGGCAGAUUAUUUGCAAGAAAACUAUAAUUAGGAAUUAAUGUCUCUAAAGCUUAUAUUUAUCCUUGUGUAAUGAUGCUAUGUGUAUAUUGUGUCCCUUUAACUGUUCCCAAAGCAAUGCAAUUUUGUUUUCAUUUCCUCUGUGCAUUUGUUACAUAGCCUUCAGAUUCUUUUUUCAUUUUUGAGUCAAUUUUUCUCCCAUAAAAUCAGUUAAUUGUUGAAUAGUUGAAUUAGUUAAAAUAAUUUAUUUAUUGGUGUUCUGUUUUCCCACCAGUGAUCCAAUGUGAUCUGUUUUGAAAUAAAAUCCAAACAAUU